CUUUCCAAACUCGACAUUUCUAUAUUUGCACCUUUCCUUUCACAUAGCCUCUGCAUAUGACAGAGACAACGAAUAGCAAGUUAGCUAGUUAUCUUGGCCUUGCUUCAUCGCUGACCUUACUCAUCUUGUCACACAAGUGAAAAGCCAAAGUCACUUCUUCUUUGGCUUGACAGUUAAUAACUGGGAUGGAGGACCUCCACAAGUUGUACCCAGAAGCCUUGCCAAACAUACCCACUUCAGAUAUGAAAGAGUUCACUGUAGAUAAGAAAGUGAAGUAUUUCUUCGAGGAAUUGAAAUCUAUCAGAGAGAAAUGGAGACUAAGUCCCGGGUGGAUGGCCAAAUAUGGAUAUGAUAAAAUUGACAAAUUAGAAAGUACCAAUGUGGAGCAAAUUGUUGAUAUAAUGUUUGCAACACUGGAUUAUGUGAUUAAGGCAGCAACAGAACUAUUUGAUUUGCUGGAAGAUGAAGUGUUAAAAGAAGAUUAUGUUCAACCAACUGUUAAAUCAACAGAAACAGAGUUCUGUUCCAGGCAAAGUGAGAAAGCUAUUUCUCCUGUUCCUAGAAAUGAUUCUUUUAGUGGAGUUGCAUCUCCAAAUCUUUCCAAGACUCCGCCUGCUCCUGUGUCCUCUGGAGUUCAGGUUUGUCAAAACUCUGACCCCUUGGAAGAAAAGAAUGAAACUAUGAAGAAUCUGAAGCCGCAGAGUAAAGAAGAGAUGGGAACAGAAACUGGCAUAAUUGAAUAUGAUCCCAGGACAAGUAAAAACACACAAAUCUUCCGUACAGAUGAAAAAGAUCCAUCACCAACCAAUGUUCCAGCGAAGUUGGUUCAACCAAAACCACCACUACCGCCGCCGCCACCUCUCAUGUCUGCAAAAGGAUCAAAACCAACUGCAAUGCCUCUCAAAAAGGGUCCUGCAGCGCAUCCACCACCUCCUCCUGGUGCUGGUAAAUCCCUGUUUCAAAGAAAAGGCACUUCGAAAUUGAAGAGAUCCACCCAGAUGCCCAGUCUGUUUAGGAAACUCAAGGACAAGAUGGAAGGAUCUAACUUGCCUGUUAAAUCAGCUAAUAAGCGAAAGACACAGCUUGGAGGUUCUAGUGGUGGAAAGGAAGGAUUUGCUGCUUCGCUAGCAGAAUUGACGAAGAGAUCAACAUACUUUCAACAAAUUGAAGAAGAUAUUCAGAAGUAUGCAAAACCAAUCCUCGAGUUGAAGGUAGCCAUCAAUUCUUUUCAAACGAACGACAUGGUAAAGCUGCUCAAGUUUCGAAACAACGUCGAAUCCAUCCUUGCAGUCUUAAUUGAUGAAUCGCAGGUGCUAGUGAAGUUUGAAGGUUUUCCCACAAAGAAACUAGAAACAUUAAGAACAGCUGCUACACUGUACUCAAAAUUAGACACCAUGGUCACUACAUUGAAGAACUGGGAGAUAGUGCCUCCCUUGGUAAAGCUAAUAGAUAAGUUCGAGUGCUAUUUCAGAAAGGUCAGAGAAGAAAUGGAUGCAAUUGAACGGAAUAAGGAUGAGGAAUCCAAAAAUUUCAAGAACCAUGAUAUUAUUUUCGACUUCCUUAUGAUUACAAGGGUAAAAGAAUCAAUGGUGGAUCUUUCCUCUGACUUCAUGGAAUCAGCACUAAAGGAGAGAAGAGAAGCAGAAGCAAAAGGGAUCGGAGAGACAAGAAGAAUUGAUCAGAAAAUGAAAGAAAGCGUUAAAAUGCUGUGGAGGGUUUUUCAGUUCGCAUUUCAAGCCUAUAGCUUUGCAGGUGGACUAGAUGAUAGAUUUGAUAAGUUAGCAAAAGAAUUGGCAGAGGAAAUCUUAGUUCAUUCCCAAAACCAGUAACUUAACUAUGUUCUUUUCUAAUAAAGAAAUGUACAGAAUAUCAAGAAAACUGCCACCAGGACCAAAUUAGCCACUAACCUUAUUACCUAAUUAUUGUUCAGAAUGGAGGUCCUUAUAAUAUCCUGUUUAAUUAGUUCUGAAAUUGGAAAUAGGGUGCGGUUCUCGGAUUAUAAUUUCUUUUUGGUUUA